CAGUAGCAGGAGAAAAGGAAGGAUUCAGAGCGCGGAGACAGAGAGAGAGAGAGUUUCAGCGAUGCGGAGAGGGAACAGAUUCGCUCUGGCUUGGCACGGGCUUUCCUGCGCCCUGGUUUUGCUCUGUUUCGGGAUGCUGGUCGAGGCGGACAUAAGUUGCCGGUUUUGUCAGCCGGUGGGAAAGUGGCGCCCGCGGCAGCUUCUGCUCAACAUGGACGCUCCGGUUACUGCAACAGGCGAAGUUGGAGGACGCGGACAGCUUUUCGGCGACUGCGCGACUGAUCCCGAGGCUGAAUGUCUGAGUUUCUCAAGGCGCAAACGGAAUACUCGUGCGCAAGAGCCUCUGGAGACAGCGCGCGGCACCUGGAAGUCCAGUAUAACCCGCAACGACGCGCCAGACAAACCGCACACACACAGCGCGCGCCCUGGUGCGAUCCGUACCCCGCACAAGACACACCGCGCACGCAGAAUGCGCAGGGGCGCACCACGAUCCCGGGAUGAUCCUAAAUCCCGACGAGCUCGAGGUGAAAGGUCACUCAGGUGGAGUAAAGAUGAGUUGCAGCUCACCAGCUCCACGUUCGCCCUGAGCGGAGAUUCGGCUCAUAACCAAGCCAUGGUGCACUGGUCCGGCCAGAACAGCAGCGUAAUUCUCAUGCUGACCAAGCUGUACGACUUCAACCUUGGCAGUGUCACUGAGAGCUCCCUGUGGAGGUCAACUGACUACGGAACCACUUACGAGAAGCUUAAUGAGAAAGUCGGGGUGAAAACCAUACUUAGUUACUUAUAUGUCAGCCCAAAUAACAAGCGCAAGAUCAUGCUGCUGACAGACCCGGAGGUGGAGAACAGUCUGCUGAUCAGCACGGAUGAAGGUGCCACAUAUCAGAAAUACCGCCUCGGCUUCUAUGUGCUCAGCCUGCUUUUCCAUCCAGAGCAGGAGGAUUGGAUUCUCGCCUACAGCCACGAUCAGAAGCUUUACAGCUCAGUCGAGUUUGGACGACGAUGGCAGCUGGUUCAUGAAAGGGUUGCGCCGAAUCGAUUCUACUGGUCCAAAAUGGGUCUGGAUAAAGAACCUGGGCUGAUUCACCUGGAGACUACCAUUUCAGACACACAGGCUCUGUACAUCACCUGCAAGCUGCAGAACUGUACAGAGGCCAACAAGGGCAAACCUUUCCCCGGCUACAUCGACCCCAAUUCCCUGGUGGUGCAGGACGAGUAUGUGUUUGUGCAGGUGUCGACAGGCGGUCGGCCAAUCUACUACGUGUCAUCAAGGCGAGACCUGUUCACACCAAUGAAGCUUCCCAAAUAUACGCUUCCAAAGGACUUGCACGUGAUCAGCACGGAUGAAAACCGGGUGGUGGCAGCGGUUCAGGAGUGGAAUCAGAAUGACACCUUUAACUUGUACGUCUCAGAGGCCGGAGGAGUGUACUACACACUCGCCUUGGAGAAUGUAAUGAGCAGCAUGGGACCUGAGGGCAACGUCAUGAUUGAUCUAUAUGAGGUAGCAGGAAUUAAAGGGAUGUUUUUGGCCAACAAGAAAUUAGAUGACCAAGUAAAGACAUACAUCACGUACAAUAAAGGCCGAGACUGGAGGCUGCUGCAGGCGCCCUCUACUGAUCUACGAGGGAACAGCAUCCACUGUAUACUGCCAUACUGUUCCCUGCAUUUGCAACUCCAUGUGUCAGCAAACCCUUAUACAUCUGGAAAUAUCGCCAGCAAAGAGUCAGCACCAGGAAUCAUAGUGGCAUCAGGUUCCAUAGGUGCAGAGCUGACCAGCAAUAACGUUAGCAUAUUCAUCACAUCUGAUGCUGGAAACACUUGGAGGCAGAUAUUUGACGAGGAAUUCAGCAUCCUAUAUCUGGACCAAGGAGGUGCACUAGUGGCUAUCCAACAUACUCCUCUUCCUAUCAGACACUUAUGGUUGAGUUUUGAUGAGGGCCGGGUAUGGAAUAAAUAUAGCUUUACGUCUUCGCCGCUGUUUGUGGAUGGAGUUUUGGGCGAACCAGGGGAAGAGACACUUAUUAUGACAAUUUUCGGGCACGUCAGUCAUCGGUCCGAAUGGCAGCUGGUGAAGAUCGACUUCAGGUCUAUUUUUAACAGGCGAUGCACUGAGGCUGACUAUCAGACUUGGCACCUCCAUAACCAGGGUGAUCCUUGCCUCAUGGGAGUGAAGAGAAUCUAUCGGAAGCUGAAGCCAAUGGCCAAGUGUGUUAUGGGUAAAACCCACUCGGUCACCGUGACUUCGGACCCCUGUGAGUGCACUGAGUCUGAUUUUGAAUGUGAUUAUGGCUACGAACGGAGAACAGAUGGGCGAUGUACACCAGCAUUUUGGUUUCAUCCCUCUUCCAUGUCCAGGAGCUGCAUUACAGGCCACACUUUCCUCAACAGUACCGGCUACAGAAAGGUGGUGUCUAAUAAUUGCACGGGCGGUGUGGUGGAUCUGUACAUGGCCCGUAGGCGGCCAUGCCCCAGCCAGGCCCCUAAAGGCCUCCACCUGGUCACCAGCGAGGGAAAACUCACAGCCACACUGGGCCACAAUGUCACCUUCCUCGUUUUCCUAGAGCAGGGUGAUGGAUCAAGGACGAGCAUCACAGUGGACUUUGGCGAUGGCCACGCCAUCACAUACUCCAACGUGAGCUCCAUUGAGGAUGGGAUCAAACACAUCUACAAGACCGUGGGAAUCUACAGAGUGACCGCCACAGCUGAGAACAGCCUGGGGUUCGAGACGGCGGUUCUUUUCUUACACGUUACAUGUCAGCUGGAGUAUAUCCAUCUCUCUGCACCGUUUGUGGCAGUGAAAAAUAAGGAAGUCAACCUGACAGUGGUUCUGUGGCCGAGCCAAGUGGGAACCGUCACCUACAUCUGGUGGUUUGGGAACAACUCAGAGCCAAUAAUCACACUGGAGGGGAGCGUGGCUUUCACUUUCCCUCGGGAGGGAAUAAACAUAGUCACCGUGCAGGUGGUAGCCGGGAGCACUAUUCAGCAAGAUAGGAAAACCAUCGCGGUCCACGAAUAUUUCAGGUCCCAUCUUUUAGCCUUUUCCUCCAAUCUGGAUGAGCACAACCCUGACGUGGCAGAAUGGAGGCUGGAUGUUAGCAGAGUCAUCAAAAACUCCAUGGUCCAUGUGACUGGAGUGAAUCCAGAGCAUCUGUUGGUCACUGUUUUGCCAGGACUUCCCACAGCCGCUGAAUUCUUCCUGCUCCCGGAUAAAGAGCUAACAGAGGGCAAAGCGGACAAAACAAUAACACAUUUAGACCAGCUAUCAGAGUUGGUUUUGAAUGCGCUGAACCAGAACCAGGUUCAGUUCACGUUAAGACCAGGAGUUCAAAUCACAGUCUACGCUGCACAUUUAUCUGCAGCGCCCCUAGUGGACACCAGUGAGAAUCACAGCGGCUCGGCCAUGCUCAUGCUUCUCUCAGUGGUGGUAGUGGGUUUAGCAGUGUUCCUCAUCUAUAAAUUCAAAAGGAAGAUCCCAGGCCUCCACCUCUAUGCAGCGAUGCAGAACGAAAAAGAGCAAGAAAUGAUCCGGAGCCCAGCGAGCCCGAUGGAGAGCGAGCCGAGCAGCAGCUCUCAGAGAGAGCUUCCCACCUCGCCGGAGUCUCUGGACACCGAGCUCAACGUCAACGCCAUUGAAUGCAUUAAACCUCAUCCACGUGUCAGAAUCUCAACAGAACCUCCUGUCUACAUUGACGUCUGACUUUUCCAGACCGCCACUGCAAAGGGACAUUGACCAUCCAAUCACAAAAAGGUUUUAAGCUUUAUACAGUACCUGUGCAUGUUGGACAUUGACACUUUACUGUGCUUUGUGAAUACCAGACAAAAACUGUGUACAGGUUUUUUAUACGUCUGUCUAUCGAAUAAGAGAACAUUUUUAACGAUGUUUAUUUAUAAGAAAUGAUCAGUACAUACACAAUCAUACAGAAAGGCCAGCAUGUAUUAUAAUUUAAAAAACUGGGUGAAAAAAAGGGAUCAUAAUACUUUUGCAUCCAUUUACUUUACUGUAUUACUUUACAAUGAAGUGGUACAAUACAGUCGAUAUAAAUAGUCUACACACCCCUGUUAAAAUGGCAGGUUUUUGUGAAGUAAAAAAAAUGAAACUAAAUAAGAUAAAUCAGGUCAGAAGAACUGUUCCCACCAUCAAUGUUAAAAUUACAGCAUAUAAAAAUUAAAUGAAAAACAAACAGAAACAUUUUAUGGAAAAAUAAGAAAAAUAAAAAAGUUACAAAAAACUUGUUGCAUAAGUAUGCACACCCUUUUAUAACUGGGGAUGUGGCUGUGUUCAGAAUGAACAUUCAAUCUUAUCUUCAAAAUUAAUUAUCAUACAGCUGUCAUCAAUGAAAUUAUUCUGAUUAACCCCAAAUAAAGACCAGCUGUUUCUGUAGGAUUUUCUUUACAUCUUCUUGGUUUCAACUGACUGCUGUAACCAUGUCCUGCAAAGAGCUGACAAAGCAUGUAUGGUGUCUCACUUGCUGAAAGGAAUCGAUCAGGAGAAGGGUACAAAAAAAAAUUUCAAAACAUUAGAUAUACCAUGGAACACCAUGAAGGCCGUCAUCAUCAAGUGGAGAAAAUGGAGUACCACAGUGACAUCACAAAGAACAGGACAUCCCUCCAAAAUUUACAAAAGGACAAGACAAAAACUUACCAGGGAGGCUGCCAAGAGACCAACAGCAACAUUAAAGGAGCUGCAGGAACAUCUGACAAGUACUGAUUACUCUCUGCAUGUGACAACAAUCUCUCGUAUUCUUCACAUUUCUGGCUAUGGGGUAGGGUGGCUAGGCGGUAGCCCUUUCUCACAAAAAACAUCCAAGCCCAUCUAAAUCACCCUAAACCAUGUAGCAAAAUGUGUUAUGGUCUGAUGAGACCAAUUCCAAAAUGUAUAAUAAUUCCAAAAGUUAUGUUUGGCAAAAAAGAAAAAAAAAAAAAAUCACAUCAACCACAGUGAAGCAUGGUGGUGGCAGCAUCAUUCUUUACAGCUGCUUUUCUUCAGCCAACUGUGGGUUUUAUCAAGGUGGAGGGCAUUAUGAAUAGCCACAAAUACCAGUUGAUUUUGGUGCAAAACAUUUCAGGUGUCUGCUAGUAAGCUGAAGUUGAAAAGGAAUUUCACCUUUUAGCAUGACAAUGACCCAAAGCAUACAUCCAAAUCAACAAAGGAAUGGCUUAACCAAAAGAAGAUCAGUGUUUUUGAAUGGCCUAGCCCAAGCCUGUGACCUGAAUCCAACUACACAAAUCUGUGUGAUGACCUGAAGCAGGCUGUGCACAGAAGAUGCCCACACUAUUUGCUGGAUCUAGAAUGUUUUUUGCAAGAAAGAGUGAGAAAAUAUUGCCAAGUCAAGAUGUGCCACACUGAUAGACUCUUACCCAAAAAGACUGAGUGGUAUAAUAUAAUCAAAAUGUGCCUCAACAAAGUGAAUACUUAUGCAACUUGGUUAUUGUAGGUUUUUUCUUUUUCUUUUUUUUCCCUAAAAGGUUUCUGAUUGUUUUUCACUUUUAUUUGUACACUUUGUAAAUGCACAUUAGAGCUGGGAAAAGUUCUGACAUGAUUUAUCUUAGUGUUAUUCUUUUACUUCACAAAAACCUGCCUUUUUAACAGGGGUGUGUAGAUUUUUUAUAUCCUUUGCAUAUUUAGGUUCAACAUGGUUCAAAAUUUUGGUCAAAUUGGAAUAAACAUAAGUUGUAGAGUCGUAAAGACCUUUUUUUUUUAACUAAACACUGUAUAUAACUCUAUGCUCUCCCCAAGAGAGUGUGAAAUAAUAUCAUUAUGCACAAGAUAUUUAUCUUUUCAAAAACCAGAAAAUUCAUUAAAUGUCAUUACUUUUCUUUUUUUUUUCCUUUUUUCAUUUUCCUUUUCUCUUUCAUUUUUUUUCCCUCAGAUCUUCAGUAAAAUAAUAAAAUGCUGAUGAGUUUUAUCACAAUCCCAUUCAGCAGAACAAUAUGCAUCAAGCACUUUUUCAUUAUUGCUUUCAAUUCACACCAAAAGGGAAAUUUACACUAUAUUUGAGUAUAUAGUGAGUAUAUGUGUAUUAAUAUUUAAUAUUAGGAUACAUUCCUCCUGCUUCUAAGCAGUAUAAUAAUAUACUGCUUAUUAUUAUUAUUAUUAUUAUUAUUAUUAUUAUUAUUAUUAUUUGUAAUAGUAGUAAUAUUCCCCAUUUUAGUUAAUUUACGUGUGUAUGGUGAAAGCAGAAACUGAUUUUAUAUCAAUAAAUACAAGUAAUUUGCUGAUAUUAAUGAACUUUUUCACCUCAGUGUAAAUCUCUGAUUUUGUCUUGUUUCAGCAAUGUACUGUUAUCCAGACUGUGUUAGAAAUAACAGUGUAAUAUCUUAGCAUCAUAAAUUAUCUUACUAUAGGUCUAUACCAGUUUUAAGUGUACAUUAACAAUAGAAUAAAAAAAAGAGUUCUUGUUUUUUUUUUUUUCUCUUUGAGUGUUUUAAAACCACUCAAAACUCCAUUACCACUUCUUUCUUUAAUUCUAUAAUCUGAUGAAUGUAAGUGGGUAACAUCUUUAUUACUGAACUGAGUUAAAAUGGGCUGCAUGUGUGUAAAAUGAAUUUAUGUUCUUAAACCCACAACUUUCCUUUAGUUUUUUUGUUAAUUUCAUUACAUCCUGGAUCCUGGAGAUCUCUGUACAGAAUAUGUCAUCAUGUAUAAAAGCUGUGUGAUCUGAUUGUCUUUACUAGGAGAUGUAGGACGAUGACACUCAUAAUAAGCUUGUGAGAUAAUUAACAUGGGUAUUGAUGAAUUACCCGAAAGGGAAAGGCCAUGCAAGAAACACCAGCAAACGGAUACUAAUCUGAGCCCCACACACAUUACAGACAACAGCAUAUGUUUAAAGCUAAUACUGUAUGUUUCAUUUACUGAUUUGCCUUUAUAUGAGAAAAUUGUUUAAGACCUUGUUCGACCCAUAUUUAAGGUCAUUUAAACAGAUAACAUCACAAAAGCUAAGCUUAUGUUUUACCAAAAAAAAAAAAAAAUUCUAUAAUGUAUCAUGAUUUGCAAAUGUGGAAAAACCUGGCAAAAUCUCAUACAAAACAUUUUUGGAAUUCUAACGAAUGAGAGAUAUUUGUUAUAUUUCAUAUGAAUGAAGUAAGAAAAGGUACAACAGCUAAUCAAAACCAUAACAGUAAGUGUUCAUAAGGUUUUUAAGGGUAAUGGAUUUUUUAUAUUUAUUUUUUCGAUGCACCUCAAAAUAGGCUUAUUCGUUUUGUUUAACUUACAUCAGAAUUAAUCUUAUAUACUCUUGAAAGUAUAUUUAACAUAUCAGCUAUUACCUAUUUUUUGUGUUAUUUUUAUUACAGGUUUUUGUAUUUAAGUGUGCAAAUGCAAGUGUGGAUCACUAAAUAGGCACAAUUUAUUUGAUUAUUAGUUUUCUUUUUCUGUUAUGCAUCCAAAUUUUGGAAAAUAGUACUGCAUGGAAUUUAUAUAUAUAUAUAUAUAUAUAUAUACACACACACACACACACACACACAAACACACACAUAUACAGCUCACUGCCCCAGUUAAAUCCAUAGAGUAGAGUUUAUUAGGCCUAGUGGUCAAAAAUUGGACCUGCAACAAGUGCUAAAAGAGGCCCAUUGGGGCAGAAUUCACGCUGCCCCAUGGUCACUCUAUCAAUAUUUUCACUGGUGGAGAAGCAGGAGACAGGACUGUUAAUGACAGGGUUGCCAGGGUCACAGUAUUUACACCAAAUUGGGUUUGACAUAAACUUCGCAGCUGCCAAGAUCCUGUUUUAAAGUAAGUAAUCUGAAUUAAAUCUAAUAGAUUUCCACAAAUCAAAGGCAGAGAGUAAGUGUAGACAGUGUGUCUAUGAGAUACAGUACCAUUUCUAUUGUAAGAUAUAUUGCAAAGAGGAAAAGAGGGAUUAUGGAGUGGAUAAUGCUUGUAGGUUAGAUGUGUGUAUGCACCAUGGGGACCUUGUCUCCUACACAAUUCCAAAUUGGCUUUUAUGUGGUUUUUGAGAUGUACUUGCCUGGAUGUUUUUGCUGAAACCUGGCAACCCUGGUUAAUAAUAUUAGCUAUACUGUGUUUGGCUCUCACACUGUGACAAUAGUGACAUGAAACACACCUGCUGGAUUGAACACAGUUGAAAAAGGUGUGUCUAAAACCCGCAAAACAAGCUGCUAUGCUGGAUGACUGUAUGUUGUUGAUUUUUAAUGCCUAUAAUAGGGUUACUCUAAAUGUCCACUACAUAGCAGCCUAUAGCUUAAAUCAAGUGCGAUAGCUUUUCAACUUUGUUUGAGGCUGGAAUGUCGUGGAAUUAGUGGUCGUGACUUUUCUUAUGCUUUCAAUCAUGUGAAAACAAACAAAAUUUCUCUCACUCAUUACAAUGCCUACAGAUUUUUUACAUGAGACCGCAUUGCAUAUCCACAGGUAUACAAUGCUUAAGGGUAGUUUAUUUAUUUCCAACAGAGAAAAACAAAGCAUAGCUUACUGACUACAACGAAAGUCAUAGCGUCCCACAAAUUGGCACUGCAAUUUACGAUCAGUUUGCUAACAGGAGCAGCAAACGAGAGCCCAGAAACCACUCCCCUCUCAAGAGGUAGCAAGAUUAUUUUUGUAGAAAACAAGAGAUUUAUUACUGUAAAGUUUUUAUAUAAAAUAAGCAAAUUUCAGUGUAUAAUGCUUUCUUUUUUUCCUUUCUUCAAUCUCAGCUCAGUGUCAUGUGAUUAUUUUUAGUUUGAUGCAUUUACAAUCAUAUUUAUUAUUCAGUGGAGUAUAUGUUUGUGUGUUUUGGUUUUCUUACAAUAUUUGUAAAAAAAAGUACAAAAAAAAUCCAAUACACUAUGUAAUUUGCUGAAGUAUUCUACAACCUAUAGAUAAAGAAAAAUGAAGUGGCAUUAUUGUGUGGACAUUUUUUUUCUUUUGCAUAUUAAUGCUUAUUUGAAAGUUUACAUAAUUUCAUUACAGAAAUGAAUUCCAGUUUUAAUAAACUCAGUUAAUUGGAUUGUUGUUGUUGCUAACAAUGAAAUCAGUUUCAGCCUCACACGCAGAAUAAUAGUUACAAAGAGUUUCUGUGGAUCUACAGCGUGUUGUCUUUACACAUGAAACAUCAGUGUGACUAAAGUGUAUAAAAAUCUUUAUUAUGGUAUAAAUACUACUGAUGCACAAAUACAGUUUAUUAUUAAAAUUGCUGGCUGACACUAACAGCCAAUAAUUUGAAAAACUAUGAAUUUCAUGUAACUUUUUUUUCUUAUUUCUUAACAUUUCCUACACAAUACUUAAACAUUUUAUUUAAGCUCUUUUCAACACCAUUGUACAAGCCUUCCUAUUCAUUAUAUAUAUAUAUAUGCUCCAUACAUAGGGUAUGGGAUAAGUUCAUUGUAUUUCCUACAGUCUAUUGCAUUGCAUUGGAUGAUAUUCAGCCACAGGAAAAUGAUGACUCGGCUAAAGUCAUGUAACGACUCUUGGUUAUUAAUCCAGAUUUUCCUCUAUUUAAAAUGGUAAAAAAAAUGACACUAGUUAAUUGAACUUGCACUAGGUGACAGUGGUGUACCACUAUAAACCACUGACUCUACAUAUGGUCUAUAGCAUCAGCCUAAAUGUUGUGUUUAUCACUUGUUGCAUAAUAUUCAGAUUUUGAAUUUCCAUCUUGAUAAAUAACAGCAAACCUCAAACUGAGUUACAUUAGUAGUAGUGGUAGUAGUAUUUUGGAUGGAUGAAGUUGAUACUGAACCCUUGUCCCAUUAAAAAUGAUGAGAAAUGGAAGUUUAUGGAAGUUUUCCAAGAACAGAUUAUAUCCAGAUAGAGUGUUUUAAAUUUAUUAUGAAUAUCUGAGUGUUCAAACAGUGUUCAAUUACAACUGACUGACAUGAAAUGACCGGCACUGAUUAUCAAGCAUGUGAUAUGGCACCAAAAUAUUAGGAGUUGUUUUACGGCAAGAAAGUUUAUGUCCUGCAAGUGUCCUAUAGGAAAAACUAAACAACAGCAACAACAACAUAAAGUUUAUUUUCUGCUCUAGCACAUGUAUUCCAAGGACAUCAGCUUUAGAAAUACCCAGAGUAACAUGCUCACAAUCCCUUUCAGCUAACAACAGUGAGAUAGAAAAAGGACGAUGUAGAGGAAGAAGAAAAGAGACCAAGAUUGAGGUUAUGUGUGUGAGAGAGAGAGAUAAUUCCCUAGGCUUUUCCCUACCAUUCAUGCUCUGAUAGGCUGUGUCCCAGAGGAGCUCUGCUAACUCAAAGCAGCAGAGUGAAGGUCACUUUGCUACCCAUGUUAAUUUGUCCUGCCUCUGUUGAUUGCCAUUUAGGAACAAGUCAUUUGAUUAGCCAUCCCAGAGGGGACGUGGCAGUUCCGCCGUUGGUGUAGUGAAAUUUUUUUCUCUGAACUUUUCUUUCAAAAAGGGAAUACCUACAUCUGGUGCGGCCAAGAUAGCUUGUCAUGGUAGUGAGAAACCAUCCUGAAGACUUUCCUGUGUUGGAAAACGGCAACUUACAGCAUUGCCUCUGACUGUUACAAAGUGCUGACACUGGAGACUCCUUCCAAAAAUGCUAAAUCAACAUUUUCUCACAGAGAACUUCACCAAAUCAACAAUUACACACAUUUUUUUUUUUUUUUUUUAAAUCUGCUUA